AUGUCUGGCUACGUUUUUAUGCUAUUGGGUGCUCCAGUGAGUUGGGUCAGCAAGAAGCAGCCAAGUGUGUCACUGUCUACAAGUGAAGUGGAGUACAUUGCGCUAAGUCUGGCGAUUCAAGAAGGCAAGUGGAUCCACCGCUUACGAUGCGAGAUCAUGGCAGCUGCUAACGAGGACGGACCCGAUCUCAUCAUCCGAGAAGAAAAUCAGUCCUGCAUCAAAAUGACCAAGAAUCCGGUCAAUCACGGCCGCGCCAAACACAGUGAUAUCAAAUACCAUCACAUUCGCGAUGAAGUCAAGCGCGGUGAAGUGAAGCUUGAAUAA